ACGUACAUUCAGGUAGAAUCGUACACGUGACCUCAGUUGACAUGUUUUGCCGGCCUCUUGCUCAGGUGAUAAGCAGGCAUAACAUUUGCAUCUUGAAAUCUUACGGAAAACCACACGUUAAACCGUCUCUCAAAGGAUGACCUAAAGGAGACCGGCUAUUAAAUUAAUUCUAUGCUAGGUGAUUCAGCACACAAUAUCAUACGAGAAACCCACCUUAAGACGUCUGUCGAAGGAGAAACUAAAGGAGAACGUCUGUGUAUCAAUAUUUUGUCUAAACAUUUCUUAAGGUGCUGUCAAGGAGGAUUUGUUGAACACUUGGCAACCAAGUAUUAUCAGAGGUGAUUCUAACUGCUGGUUGUCAUGGCAACUGUCCAAGAGAAAUUAAUGACGAAAGUCUAUGAAGAGGAGCGUGCAGCCCCAUCUAAAGUGACAGUUGUUGGUGUUGGACAAGUGGGGAUGGCUUGUGCUUACAGCAUUAUGCAGCAGGGUAUUUGCCGCGAACUGGCUUUGAUUGAUAUGAUUGAAGAUAAGCUGAAAGGGGAGAUGUUGGACUUGCAGCAUUGUCAGCGGUUUGUCAAGAACGUCAGCAUUCAUGCGAGCACUGAUUACGCUGUUAGCGCAAACUCCAACUUGUGUAUUGUGACAGCGGGCUCACGUCAGAAAGAGGGCGAAAGCAGAAGGGAUCUGGUACAGAGAAACGUCAACAUCUUUAAAGCAAUCAUUCCACAGCUGGUGAAACACAGCCCGAACACCAUUCUGAUGAUUGUCUCAAACCCAGUGGACAUUUUAACUUAUGUGGCUUGGAAAAUCAGCGGACUUCCCCAUGAGCGCGUGAUUGGAAGCGGAACAAACCUAGACACGGCCCGGUUCCAUUUUCUUAUCAGUGAAAAACUUAACAUCGCACCGAACAAUGUACAUGGAUGGAUCAUUGGGGAGCAUGGCGAUGCUAGUGUGCCAGUUUGGAGUGGUGUGAACAUAGCUGGAGUGAAUCUCAAGGAUCUCCACCCAGACAUAGGAUCUGAUGGCGACCUAGAAAAAUGGAAUGAAGUACAUAAGAAGGUCGUGAACAGUGCCUACGAGGUGAUCAAACUGAAGGGUUAUACAUCCUGGGCCAUUGGUUUGAGUGUUUCCACCAUGACUCAAGCGUUGCUAAGGAACCAGAAGAACGUACAUGCUAUUUCCACCCUAGCUAAGGGUUUUCACGGAAUCGAAGAUGACGUGUUUCUCAGCCUUCCUUGCGUCCUCGGCUCCCAUGGUGUCAUGUACGUGAUCAAACAGACUUUGGACGAAAACGAGACAAAGCAACUUCAGACCUGCGCGCGCACAAUGAACGAGCUUCAGCAGAGUCUUCAGUUUUGAGAAUAUAGUAGUUGUCGCUGUAAAAUCAUUACUGUAAGUUAUAUAUAGAAGAUGACGAAGUCAUGAGAGCUGUUCAUAAGUUAUUAUUUGCUAACUGCAGUCCUUCCUUUUUGGAGUCCGUCGCGCGAGUCAAAAAAUUCAGCGAAGCAAAUCAAUGCUAGCGCGCCGCGCCUCAUUCCCAAAAUUCCAAUUCAUUUUUUCAGUGUUUUUUUUUUUUUAUUUUUGGGAAUCGCGCGACGGAUUUUGUCGAAAAGCAGGGACUUUCGUAGUUCACUCUUGCUUCUCCUCAAAAGGAGAGUGAGGAAGAGAAAUUGCUCUAAUUGUAACGAUGGAAUAUAUUAACGUCAGCUUGUUGUGCUCAACUGAGUCUGUAGAUGUACUACCGUGACUUAAAAUUUAAAUAAAGCGAAAGCGAAACAAAACUUUA